AUGUUGAGCUGGCUCCGUUGUUUCCCACACGACGGCGCGGUCAUGGACGACGAGCCGAGCCGGCCAAGGCCCAGGCCCGGGAGGAGCGCCACCUUCAGGAAGAUUAAGCACACCACCUCCAAUUGCGCCCAUGCCGCCGCUGCAGCAGCCCAUCGGAAACGGUUCAUCCGGUCGAGCAGCACGGUCACCGACGCACCCGGCCGUCACUCCGUCGACGGCGCCGGCGGCUACAACCACAGCGUCGUGUCGGCGCGGUCCUUCACAUUUCGCGAGCUCGCCGCCGUCACCAACAGCUUCAGCCAGGCCAACCUCCUCGGCGAGGGCGGGUUCGGCCGCGUCUACAGAGGCCUCAUCGGCUCGUCGCCCGUCGCCGUGAAGCAGCUGGACCGCACGGGGUACCAGGGCGACCACGAGUUCCUGGUGGAGGUGCUGAUGCUCAGCGGCCUCUUCAGCCACCCCAACCUGGUCGGCCUCCUUGGAUACUGCGCUGACGGCAACCAGCGGCUCCUCGUCUACCCCCUCAUGCCGCUCGGCUCCCUCGAGAACCACCUCUUUGUGUCCUCCCGGCGCCCCAACGCCGACGCCGAUGCCGAGUCGCCGCCGCCACCGGUCCUGCCAUGGCGGGCCAGGAUGAGGAUCGCGCACGGCGCCGCCGAGGGCCUCGAGUUCCUCCACGAGACGGCCAACCCGCCUGUGAUCUACCGCGACUUCAAGUCCUCCAACAUCCUCCUCGACGAAGGAUACCACGCCAGGCUCUCUGACUUUGGGCUCGCCAAGCUCGCCGGGGCCCCGACCGACACCACCCACAACGGUGAGGGCGGCGAGGAAGAGGAGAUCAAGGACUCGUCGUCGAGGGUGAUGGGGACGUACGGGUACUGCGCGCCCGAGUACGUGAGGACGGGUCACCUCACGGUGAAGUCGGACGUGUACAGUUUCGGCGUGGUGCUGCUGGAGCUCAUCACGGGAAGACGGGUCCUCGACGACAGCAGGCCGGAGGGGGAGCAGAACCUCGUGGCCUGGGCGGCGCCCAUGUUCGGGGAGCAGAGGAGGCUGCAGGAGCUGGUCGACCCUCGGCUCCUCCAGGAAGGAGAAGAGGCACCGUGCGGUAGGGAGCUGAAGCAGGCGGUGGCGGUGGCUGCCAUGUGCUUGCAGGAGGAGGACACCGUGCGGCCCAUCAUGUCCGACGUCGUCAUGGCGCUCAGCUUCCUCGCCACGGCCGACGACGACCUGUCUGUUGUAUCCGCUCCGAGAUGA